AUGAUAGGCGAAAUGAUCACAGUUCGGGUAACUGAGGUUUGCAAUCUAGGAAUGAUACCGAUGAGUCGUCUAACAGUGGUUAAGCGUAUUUUGUUUGAUCCAAGUAGUUCAGCCAAUAUUAUCCGGUGGAAAGUGGUCGAACAACUGGGGCUGUUGGAUCAAAUUGUGCCGGCAGCCCGGGUUCUCAACGGGUUCAACAUGGUGUGUGAAACUAUGAAGGGGGAAAUCACUUUGGCGGUGAAUACCAUCCGGACUGUUCGGAAAACGAAGUUUUACGUCAUUGAGGGAGAAAUGAGAUACAAUGCGUUGCUUGGCAGAUCGUGGGUGCAUGAAAUGAGGGAAGUACCCUCGAUGUUACACCAAAUGUUGAAGUUUCCAACCUCGGAGAGGGUAAAAACGGUUCAUGGGGAGCAGCCGGUGGUAAGAGAGAUGUUUGUAGUAGAAGAAGCAGCUCCAACACAGAAGGAACUACCAUUAAAGGUUGUGGAAGAGCUAGUCAAAGGCAAAGAUGCUAAAUAG